AUGUCUUCUCAUCUGUUCGCCUUGAUCUGGAUUUGCGCUGUUCAUAGCCUCCAUGUUUGCCUGAAGAAUGAGUGCAUGUACCACGUGGCCAUGCCCACCCAUAGGAUGAGGCCCCUGCUGAGGCUUGGCUUCCUUCCACAUGUUGUGCGCUUCUGCGGCCAUCUUCUUGAGCUUGUUGUCUUGAAUCCAUAUGAUUACUUCCACUGCGGCCUCUACUCGAUUCAAGCGAUGCCCUUGCUGCACAAUGACCUGGCUGUGCAAGCUCUGUCCUUCUUCCAGUCGGCGGAGUCUUUCUUCGACACUGAGGCCAUCCCAGGUUUGCGCCUUCAAGUGCCUCUUCGGAGCCGGGGUAGUCAAGCGGCGAAGCCGAUGCCCCCGCUGGGCCUCGUCCACGGCUAUGGAUCUCCAUUACGAGACUCAGCCUAUUCCACACGUGGUGUCCUGGUUUGUUCAUCCUCUUCCGCACUGGCUGCAUGCUUGGGAAUGCUUCGCGGCCUUCAUCAUUCAGCUCCCACUGCCGUUCCUUCAGUGGGGGACGCAGCUUUGUCGCUUGUUGGCCUUCUCAGGCUCAGCUACGUUGAUGAUGGCGAUCGCGGCCACGGGCAACUAUGGCUUCUUCAAUUUCCAGGUACUUGGGCUCGCAGUGUCAUAUCUGGACGACUCACUGCUUCCCGUGUACUAGCCUCGGCAUUCGUGAUGUCCGAGCUGAUAUUUCGAAGUCGUUGCCGCAGCCUUGCGAUUGACUCUCAGAUGGUUUGCUCGUCCCAGUUGCUCUUGCUUCAACAGCUCACCUUCAAGCAUGGUGCUAUGCUUCCUGCAGCGUUUUCUGCCAAAGCCUUUCUCAGCGGCGUUGCUGCACUGUUGCUGACCUCGCUCACUCCUUCCCGUGUUUUCCCAUUGCUCUGCUUGAAGAGGCGAUUGACCUGCCUUUUGGUGGCAGCGGAGUUAUUCCAGGCGCAGGUCUUCGACGAGGCAUUGCAGCCGGUGCCCACCGAGCGACCCGAUGGAGUCAAGGCCGCGAUGCUCUGUGCGGACAACCUGGCGCCAAACGAAUGUAACUCGGCCACGGAAGUGGACUUGACCGCUGCAAAGCUGUCUGUGGAGGACUGGCAGUGA